AUUUUUAUUUUUCUCGGACCGGAAACGGCGUCUACGUUAUAUUAAACCCUAGAGAAAAGAAAACUCUCAGUCCCACAAAGUCUCUCUGGCGCCGUCUAAACUCGUCUGGCGACUCCGCUGGAGGUCGACGCCUUGGCAUAGAUUCUGGAAUUUGAUUCUGUAUAGAAAAAUGACUUUAAGUGCAGAGGAAGGUAGGAGCUUUGCUAGGAGGGACCAAUUACUUAAGAUACAGUCGAAGGUGCAAAAGAGGUGGGAAGAACACAAAAUUUUUGAGGCAGAUGCUGGAAGUAACCCACCUAAGGAGGGCGAGAAAUUUUUUGGAAAUUUCCCAUACCCCUACAUGAAUGGCAUGCUGCAUUUAGGUCAUGCCUUUACUAUAUCAAAACUUGAAUUUGGUGCUGCUUACCACAGGUUAUGUGGUCGUAAUGUGCUUUUGCCGUUCGCAUUUCACUGCACUGGAAUGCCUAUCAAGGCGUCUGCUGAUAAGCUUGCACGGGAGGUUCAAUUGUAUGGGAAUCCUCCUGUUUUUCCUUCCGUAGAAGAGGACUCUAAUGUGGAAGAUACUGGCGAAGCCAAAUCUGAAAAUGACAAUAUUGUUGCCCCUGAUAAAUUUAAGAGCAAGAGGUCCAAGGCUGCUGCAAAAUCAGGUGGAUAUAAAUCUCAGUGGGAAAUUAUGCAGUCUCUUGGUUUGUCUGAUAAUGAGAUUGCUAAGUUCCAAGAUCCACAUCAUUGGUUAAGCUAUUUUCCACCUCUAGCAAAAGAAGAUCUAAAGGCUUUUGGCUUGGGCUGUGACUGGAGACGUUCUUUUAUAACAACAGACAUGAACCCAUUCUAUGACUCCUUUGUCAGAUGGCAAAUGAGGAAGUUGAAAAAUUUGGGAAAGAUUGUGAAGGACACAAGGUAUACUAUAUACUCUCCAUUGGAUGGCCAGCCAUGUGCUGAUCAUGAUCGAGCUUCAGGUGAGGGUGUUCAGCCACAAGACUAUGUUCUGAUCAAGAUGGAAGUUGUUCCUCCUUUUACAUCGAAGUUGAAAAUUUUGGAGGGAAGGAAGGUAUAUCUAGCUGCUGCAACAUUGAGACCUGAGACUAUGUAUGGGCAAACAAAUGCAUGGGUGCUUCCAGACGGCAAGUAUGGGGCUUUUGAGAUUAAUGAAUAUGAUGUUUUCAUUAUAACACAACGCGCUGCUUUGAAUCUUGCAUAUCAAAAUCUAUCACGGGUUCCUGAGAAGCCAACUUGUUUGCUCGAGCUAUCUGGUCAUGAUCUCAUUGGGUUGCCCUUGAGGUCUCCUCUUGCUUUUAAUGAAAUAAUAUACUUACUUCCCAUGCUUACAAUCUUAACUGAUAAGGGCACAGGGAUUGUUACAAGUGUUCCGAGUGAUUCACCUGAUGACUAUAUGGCAUUGCAAGACUUGAGAUCAAAACCUGCUUUGAGAUCCAAAUUUAGGGUUAAAGAUGAAUGGGUUCUUCCUUUUGAGGUCAUACCGAUUAUUAAUAUUCCAGAGUUUGGAGACAAAUCUGCUGAGAAAGUAUGUCUUGAUCUUAAGAUCAGGAGUCAGAAUGACAAAGAUAAACUUGCAGAGGCAAAAAAGUUAACCUAUUUGAAAGGAUUCACUGAUGGUACAAUGCUGGUAGGUGACUUCAAAGGAAUAAAGGUCCAGGAAGCAAAGCCGAUGAUUAGGAAUAAACUGCUAGAAUCAGGAGAUGCAGUUAUGUACAGUGAGCCUGAGAAAAAAGUCAUGUCCAGAUCAGGUGAUGAGUGUGUUGUGGCUCUCACAGAUCAAUGGUACAUCACCUAUGGUGAGGCUGAGUGGAAGACUAAGGCAGAGGAUUGUUUGGCCAAGAUGAACUUGUACUGCAAAGAAACAAGAAAUGGUUUUGAGCAUACACUAAGUUGGCUUAAUCAAUGGGCAUGUUCUCGGUCUUUUGGACUUGGCACACGUCUUCCUUGGGAUGAGCAAUUUCUGGUUGAAUCACUUUCAGAUUCAACACUCUAUAUGGCCUUCUAUACUGUUGCUCAUCUAUUGCAAUGUGGAGACAUGUAUGGAUCUGAUCAUUCUUCCAUGAAGCCAGAUCAAAUGACUGAUGAUGUCUGGGAUUAUAUCUUUGGUGGAGGUCCUCAGCCAAAAUCAGAUGUCCCUAUGGUUCUUCUUAAAAAGAUGAAGCAAGAAUUUGACUAUUGGUACCCAUUUGAUCUUCGUGUAUCUGGCAAAGACCUAAUUCAGAACCAUCUCACUUUCUGUAUCUAUAACCAUACAGCACUGUUCUCUGAAUGCCAUUGGCCUUGUGGCUUCCGAGGCAAUGGACAUCUUAUGCUGAACUCUGAAAAGAUGUCUAAAUCAACUGGAAAUUUCAGGACUCUUCGUCAGGCCAUAGAGGAAUUCUCCUCUGAUGCCAUGAGGUUUUCCCUUGCAGAUGCUGGGGAUGGAAUGGAUGAUGCAAAUUUUGUUUUUGAAACAUCAAAUGCUGCAAUAUUAAGGCUUACCAAGGAAAUUGCCUGGAUGGAAGAAGUGUCAGCUGUUGAAUCUCAUUUGCGUUCAGGUCCACCCACUACUUAUGCCGAUUUUGUGUUUGCAAAUGAAAUUAACAUUGCAAUCAAAUCAACUGAGCAAAACUAUACUGAUUUUAUGUUCAGAGAAGCUCUUAAGACUGGUUUCUAUGACCUUCAAGCUGCUAGGGAUGAAUAUAGGCUAUCUUGUGGGCCAGUAGGUAUGAACCGCAAUUUGUUGUGGCGGUUUAUGGAUGUUCAGACUAGGCUCCUUACUCCAAUCUGUCCACACUAUGCAGAGCAUGUUUGGCAUGAUAUUCUAAAGAAGGAUGGUUUUAUUGUAAAUGCUGGCUGGCCCCUGUUUGAUGCACCUGAUCUUACUCUAAAGCUUGCUAACAAGUACUUGCAAGAUUCUAUAGUAUUCAUGAGGAAGCUGCUCCAAAAGCAAGCAUCGGGCACAAACAAGGCUAAAAAGGGUGUUGUAAUUACUGCAGCAGAAGAAAACAAACUAACAGUAGGUCUUAUAUAUGUCAAUGAGCAAUUUGAUGGUUGGAAAGAAGAAUGUUUAAGAAUACUUACAAGCAAAUAUAAUGUUGAGAAAGGAUCUUUUGCACCUGAUCAAGAGAUACUUGAAGCAUUAAAACAGAGUGCUGUUGGACAUGCAUCAAAUUUUAAGCAGAUCCAGAAGCUUUGCAUGCCUUUCCUUAGGUUUAAGAAAGAUGAAACUUUAUCAAUUGGUCCACAGGCUCUGGAUCUGAAAUUGCCUUUUGGUGAAAUUCAAGUUCUGCUGGAGAAUCGUGACUUGAUAAAGAGGCAAAUUGGUCUUGAACAUAUUGAAAUCCUGUCUGCAACAGAUGAAGUUGCACGAAGUAAAGCUGGCCCAUACAUCUCAUUUCUAAAUCAGAAUCCCCCUUCACCUGGCAAUCCUACUGCUAUCUUUUUAGGCAAAUUAGAGUAUUCUACUGCAGAACUUCAAAUUGGAGUCUAAAUAAAUGCUUUGGAAGUUUUACUAGGAAGGACUGCUUUAGGUUUGGCAUUAUUUCAAAGGCUAAACUGGAACCUAAGUUUUCAAAAUCUCACUAUUCAUGACAUAAACUGAACUGACAUCUAUCUGUUAUUUUAGAUUUAUUGGCAUUCAUGUCUAGAUUUAUUGCACAAGUUUCAAAUUUAUUUUUGGGGUAUAAUCUUAGUGUUUAGUCAUAUCACCAUAAGAAACUUAUUUACGGGAUUUUCAAUUCUUGUGCUGAAAUACAGGUACCAUUUUAUCUCCAUCAUGUAAUUCAAAUUUUGAUUUACAAGUUAAAGUUUCUGUUUAUCAAUUUGAAUACUGGAAACACGAGAAAUGCUUCAUUGAGAGUCCAUGGAUUCAAAUGGCAAUAAAGCAAGCUAAUAAUAUCACAAGGAAUUUUUUAGACGGAUUUUUAAUCACUGGGGACUGAUCGUUGACAAAGAAGUGUAUAAGGAAUUUUUCUCUUCUUUCUUACCAUGUGUACUGAUUUAUUUCUUUUCUAUUUCUUUCAGCUUUCAACCGGAAUUGGAUGGCUUGUCAGCAGUACUUCCACAGAAUUUUACACUUUUUUCUCAUGUUGCUACCAGCCAUAUUUCCCCACAGUUACAGUGCAACUUCAUGUUCUCUGAAUCAAUUUAUUUUUCAACAUUCAUGUGAGAUAGGCUAAAUUCUGAGUGGAAAAUGAUCGUAACUUAGUGUUGUGCUAUUGAUUUUAUACUGAUUUGUAUACAAGAAACUUAUUUUUUC